ACUACAUCUCCUCCAAGGAAUGGCUCUGACACUAUUUGCAGCCAUGUUGUACUAUUCCACCUGGCUGCUCUCCCUCUCGGCAGGUGAUUCACAACUGGCGUAUGAAAGCCAAGCUUUUCAGAUGCUUCCUCCUUUGUUUAAGGAGCUGUCCGAGCGCCCAGACUGGAUUGAGGGAACACCAGCUCCCCAAUCUGUAGCCAUCAAGUACAUGAAAAAACUCUUUAAGAUAUCCGCCACCAAGGAGGGUGUACCCAGGGUGCACAGGAAUGCUGAGUAUAACACCGUCAGACUGUUCACUCCAAAGACCGAGUGUAAACCAGGCUUAAGGCUGGAAACAAGAGUUAACCCUUUUAGCUGUACCUCUAAUGAAUCACUAAUUAUAAGAGUUGAAGAUGAAAGAUUUGAUGGCCAUGUAAAGACCCAGGAUUUGACAUUUAAUGUUGACAGUGUAUCCGCCUUGGAGCAGAACCUUCGAUCUGUCUUGCUUUAUGCUGUUAACAAGCGAUAUUCCUCCUCGAACAUCACCUGUACGUUUACCCUGGAAAACACUGAUGAAGAACUUCCAAGCCCAAUGUGUCCUAGAGUCCCGCAUAUGUUUGAAUUCCAACUCCGGAACAAGCGAAGAUGGGUUGAAAUUGACGUAACUACUUUUCUUCAACCAUUUGUUUCGACCAGGCAAAUUAUUCAUCUGUCUGUCAAUUUAACCUGCCUUUGGAACAAGCACCACCAUAUUUUUGGGACCAUGGGACCUCUACAAAUGACAAGAUCUCCACCAUGUCUUCUUCUUUAUUUAAACGACACAAGCAACAAGGCCUAUCACCGUAGAAAAAUGCACGUGGAACCUCUAAACUGGUCUAGGGAAAACAUUCUGCAUGAUCUGCAGGAUAAUGUACCAGCCACUAAAGUGUCUCGCCAUCGUAGGGGCCAAGAUGUUGAGAUGACAGGCCCAACUGUAGAAAGUUCAUACAAUUUCAGUAAGCUUUUCAAGGAAUAUGUGUACCAUCAAAAUGAAUGUGAACUUCAUAAGUUUCGACUUAGUUUCAGUCAGUUGAACUGGGACAAAUGGAUCCUAGCACCACAUCGCUACAGUCCUGAUUACUGUAAAGGAGAUUGCCCUAGGGUGGUUGGCCAUAAGUAUGGCUCUCCAGUACACACCAUAGUUCAAAAUAUAAUCUAUGAAAAAGUGGAUUCCUCAAUACCUCGACCCUCUUGUGUACCGUCAGAAUAUCGACCUAUGAGUGUACUUACGAUUGAACCUGAUAACUCUAUUGCUUAUAAAGAGUAUGAAGAUAUGAUUGCAACCAGAUGUACAUGCCGCUAACCUUCCUUUAGCUCAGUGUUCCUUAACCAGAGUGCCUCCAGAU